GAAUGCACGUGUUUAAUUUACUAGUGUGAACAAUGUUUGCCUGAUAUUUGCUUGUGGUAAUUAGCCUAAACCAGCUUAUGUAUCUGUAUCAUCUGUUGCUUAUCUGCUGAAGCGUGGAAUAUUUUAUCUGGAGCCUUUUAUUGUCUGGCUUUCUAUACAAAAGAAGGCGUGGCUGUCAUAAACAAAGUACGCCCUUGCUCACAGUGGUUAACUUUCAGUAUCUCUCAACGAAUCCUGAGUGAACACCACUUAGUCCUACUCGGGAUCACAAAGGUUUUAUCGUCCACAGCAAAUCUUCAGUCAACACCACUCUGUCCACUCAACCUUUGUUUGCUAUCACAAAGAGUAGAGAGAUGAACAGCAGCCGAGCGGAUAUUCUGUUAGAUCUUGUACCGCAGGAGGCGCUGAUUCGUUUUUUUCGCUGCAAGAAGACAGAGAUCUCCUAUGGCAUAGACGAACCACUCCUUUUCCUCAACCAGCUCCGAGACCACGGUCUGGUACCUGAGGAUCUCUACCAGAAAGUCAUAAAGAUGAAAAGUAAGGAGAGAAAGCAGAAUGGUGUGUAUAAGAUUUUGGAAUGGCUGGAGAAGCAGCAAGAGGACUGUAUGAAGCAGUUUUGGAGUUGUGUGUUUCAGGAGCACAUCCUGCAGAAAUAUCCUAUUCUGCGCUCACUCCAAACCAGCCUUCUGGACGGAACUCACAGGAUUAAUGAACAGCUGCCCAGGGCAGAAAAGCUGACAGGAAAUGAGGAAAAGAAGGCAGAGCAAAAGAAAGUUGGAACAAAGAGAAAGAACAGUGCUGAUGAGACAGAGGAGGAGGGUGCAGCUCCUUCUGUGUCCAGCUCCAGCCAGAAGAAGCCCAUGUUAUACCCUAUUUCCGAGAUGGGGGAUUCCAGUGAUGCCUUUGAAGAGUUCAGCGAAGAACAGGACAGGGAACAAGAAGAAGAGGAGGAAGAAGAGGACAGCGAGCCAGUGGCUCUGUUUGAGGCUGAUGUUUUACCAGUCAGCUGUGGUUCAGUCAUUGGGGUUUUAGAUAAAAGCAGAUUUGCCGGGUUACAUUGUAAGAGCAUUCGUACAGAUGAGUGCUGGUGCACCCCUGAGGAGUUUGUAAAGCAGGGGUUAACUCUGACAGACGGCCACUGGAAGAAAGAUAUACUGUGUCAUGGCAAAACCCUUGAGUACCUGUUGAAGAUGAAAAUCCUGGAUAAGCAUCCACUGGGGUGUCGCUGUCAACUGUGCUAUCCUAAGAACCCACAGCACCAGGAUAAAGAUGAUCUGUGCUUCAUUUGUAAUGCUGGAGAAAAUGUGGUGUUCUGUACCGGGUGUCCACGAGCUUUCCACCAUCAAUGCCACUUACCAACACUACAGGACACUGCACUUGGGAGCAAUUGGAUGUGUACUUUCUGUGUGUUAAAGACUAACCAGAGUCUGUGGAUUCCGAAGAGCAGGAACGAUGCUUUGAACGGUCCUAUUUCCGGAAACAUCAUGCACUGUCAAUAUUUGCUGUUGCAUUUAUAUAAGCAGGACACCAAGCGUGUGUUUACUACCGAUCCCUCACAAAAAGAGGAGAGAUACAGCAGUGUGAUUUCUAAUCCCAUGUGGUUGAACAAGGUGAAGACCAAACUGCAGAAAAACAAGUAUAAAACAGUGAAAGAGUUUGUGAGUGACAUUAAUCUCAUCUUCAACAACUGCCAAACUUUUAACAAGGAUAAUAAGUUCGGCAAGAUGGGAGCCAUAAUGAAAAAGAUCUUUCAGGAGGAGUUUAACACCAUCUUUAAAAUCCAGUAGCAUUUUUCCUCUUUCACAAACCUGCAUUUCAUUGGAAGAUUUAUAAUCAAAAGACAAAUACUGAUGUUAUUAUUAUUAUUAUUAUUAUUAUUAUUAUUAUUAUUAUUAUUAUUAUUAUUAUUAUUAUUAUUAUUUGCAUAUAACAUUGUUAGCAUCUGAUUAUUUUAUUUAACUUAUCUUCUAUAAUCCUUCUUGUUUAUUAUUGUGUUAGGUUACAGGUCUGUUAGGAUUUGUCUAAUUUGUGCAACCUGGAUACUAAAAAAAGUAUAUCUGAUUAUAUAUAUAUAUAUA